CAACUUCAAGAAAUGGAUGAAAGAAGGACUAUCAAACUUAGUGAAUGUUACAAAGGCUUUGCUGACUCUGAGCGCAAAGUUAUUCCGAUUAUCUCUAAAUGUUUAGAAGGGAUGAUCCUUGCAGCAAAAUCAGUCGAUGAACAUAGAGACUCUCAACUAGUGAUAGACUGCUUCAAAUCCGGUUUUGAACCUCCUGGAGAUUUUCCAUUUGAAGAUUACAGUCAGAAUAUUUACAGAACUAUCUCUGAUGGAACCAUCAGUACACCAAAGCAGGAAGGAAUGAGAAUUGAUUCAAAAACUACAGUGGGCAAGGCUAAAGGAAAGCUGUGGCUAUUUGGAAAGAAGCCAAAG